GUGGAGCUAAUAUUUCAGCGUUUUGUAUUUGCGUUGUUGGGGGAGUGCGGGGCGAGGGUUGACCACGUCCGGACCGCAAAAGAAUUAAAAGAUCGAUCACUUGGGCUUCGAAAUGGAACCAAUGAAACUCCAACGGGAGCGCCAAGGCAAUCUCCGCGGCGGAAGGGGAUGGUACGGAGCGGCGGCGGAGAUGGAGUCCGAGAAGAAGAAGGCGGCGAUGGCGGAGGACAGCGACGUGGACGAGCUCCUGGCGGCGUUAGGUUACAAAGUCCGAUCGUCGAACAUGGCCGACAUCGCGCAGAAGCUGGAGCAGGCGGAGAUGGCUAUGGGAAGCAGCGUCGUCGCCAACGAUGAUGACCUUUUUUUCCAACUUGCGGCCGAUACCGUCCACUACAACCCCUCGGACAUUUCCACCUGGGUCGAUAACAUCCUCUCGGAGCUCAACGGGCCUCCUCCUCCUCCUCCUGUCUCGUCGCCGCCUCCCAACGCCCCUGCUCCGCUCGAUCCGCAGAAACGCCAUCCCGAGGCUCUCCCCUCCGAUGCGGCGCAAUCCUCCAUCACAACCGUCGAACUUCCCCUGCCUACCCGCCGCCCGGCUCAAGUCUACGACCUCGAGCCACUCCCAGCUGUCAACGUCGCGCGUGCUCGAGGACGAUUCGCCUACAGUUCGGAUCCCCAGAUGGACGUCGUCGAUCCGUCGCCGAGAGAUUCGAAGAGGAUCAAGUUCUGCAGUUCGCCCCCUUCGUCGUCGUCCUCGACCACCGACGCGGCGACUUCAACCGCGUCCAAUCUGCCAGCGGUGGUAGUCGACACGCAGGAGGCUGGGAUCUGCCUCGUACACGCGCUGUUGGCCUGCGCAGAGGCGGUGGAACAGGGAAACCUCCAGGCAGCGGACGCCCUGGUGAAGCAAAUCACGGUGCUGGCCGCUUCCCAGGGCGGCGCGAUGCGCAAGGUCGCCGCUUAUUUCGCGGAGGCCCUCGCCCGCCGCAUAUACAGGCCGCCUCCCCUGGGUGGGGUUGUCGGAUGCCCCUCUUUCGAUUCCGUUGCGUUCGAUGACAUGCUGCACGCGCACUUCUACGAGAGCUGCCCCUACCUCAAGUUCGCGCACUUCACCGCCAACCAGGCAAUCCUCGAGGCCUUCGCCGGCUUCCGCCGGGUGCAUGUCGUCGAUUUCGGGAUGCGUCAGGGCCUGCAGUGGCCCGCCCUUCUACAGGCACUUGCUCUUCGCCCCGGCGGACCGCCUUCGUUCCGCCUCACCGGGAUCGGGCCGCCGCAGCCCGACAACUCAGACGCUCUGCAAGAGGUAGGAUGGAAACUUGCGCAGUUCGCCGAAACUAUCCGUGUGGACUUCCGCUACCGCGGUUUCGUGGCCUCUAGCCUCGCGGAUCUGGAGCCUUCUAUGUUACUCGGCAAAAACUCCGACGACUGCGGCGGAGCCGAGAAGGAGGAGCCAGAGGUAGUGGCGGUGAACUCGGUGCUCGAACUACAUCGGCUGCUGGCGCGGCCGGGAGCACUGGAGAAGGUGCUGGGGACGAUUAGGGCGGUUCGGCCUCGCAUCUUGACAGUGGUGGAGCAGGAAGCGAACCACAACGGCGGGACGUUUCACGAGCGGUUCACGGAGGCGCUCCGCUACUACUCCACCGUGUUCGACUCUCUGGAGGGCGGGGGGAAGAGUGGCGGCGAGCGGGACCAGGUGAUGUCAGAACUUUAUCUCGGCCGGCAGAUCUGUAACGUGGUGGCGUGCGAAGGUGCGGAGCGGAGGGAGCGGCACGAGGCGGUGGAGCAGUGGCGGGAGAGAUUGACGGGGGCCGGCUUCGAGUCCGUUCCCAUCGGCUCCAACGCUUUCAAGCAGGCUAGCAUGCUCCUCGCCCUCUUCGCCGGCGGAGACGGCUACCGGGUGGAAGAGAAGGACGGCUCCCUCACCCUCGGCUGGCACACCCGCCCGCUGAUCGCCGCCUCUGCCUGGCGCGUCGCCGCCGCCGAUCCUCCUUCGCUCGAUGAUCAUUUCCAAGAUGCCUUCCGUGUCAGCCGUCCGAGUUGCAUCGCACGGCCCCAAGCAUCGUUCGGCGUGGGGUCCGCAGGGAAUCGGGUACGGUAACUUAGCCCGCAGGAUCCGCCCAGGCUCGGCUCACGCCGGUGGUGGGGCCUCUUUUCUCCUCCCGUCCUUUUUUUUAUCUUUUCCGUCAAAUGUUAAAUCGUUCACGAACCACUGGCGCUCUACUUUAAUGAUGUAUCGAUCUACGAAGCUGCACCUACCCAAUUAAUCAUUUCUACUUUUACCAUA